AUGCGCAGCACCUCUCUUGAAAAUCGACCGCGACUUGCCCGUAUACCCCUAAGCAAACGAAAUCGGGCUGUCGUGAGGGCUCUUAACCCAAUGCUGGUGACCAAUUUGGAAGCCAGCCGGGACCUUUGCGAGACGGACUCAAUUCUCUUUGGCGCCGCAGUGGCAGUUUUCCGUAUUAAUGGCGCCAAACUUCCCUUGGCUGGACGCGCUACUACAGAAAGUAGCACCAUCCCAGCCUGGAGAAAAAGAAUCGAGGACCGUAUCGCAAAGGCAAGGGCCCUUAUCGGCAGACUGACAAGAUUCAGGUCGGGUAAUAAUAGACCGAGGAUUGUGCGCACCGUUAGGAUGGCGUUUGCUGGGACAAAUAUCAGUUUGUCCCACCCGGAUAUCACGCAGAAACUAACGGAGCACAUAGACGACCUGAAGCAAAAGAUCACUGCUUGGGGGAAGCGACGAUUUACCGAGAGGUCAAGGCGGUUCAACCAGAAUCGUCUCUUCCAGAGUGAUCAGAACAGGCUCUAUAAAUCAUUGGAGCGACCAAAGGUAUGUGGAGCGGGCCAAGGACCGGAUCAGGCUGAAAUUAUCGCAUUCUGGCGUGGCCUGUGGUCAGAGCCCGUAAACCACAGCGAGGGCCCUUGGAUGGAAGUUGUGGCGAGCCAGGGUGCGAGUGUUACGCUUACGGACCCCAUCACCAUAACGCCGGAAGACGUGGCUGAGGCGGUCCGUAGGGCGCCGAACUGGAAAAGUCCGGGGCUCGAAGGGCUGCAUCAUUUCUGGCUGAAGGGGUUCACAGUGUGUCACGAUGUGCUCGCCCGACAGUUUCAAGAGGCUCUCGAUCAGAAGUCGCUUCCGAGUCUCUUCACUACUGGGAUCACUCACUUGGUUCCUAAAGAUCAGGAUACCACAGACCCGAGCAAAUACCGCCCCAUCACGUUUACCCUGCCUAUUGCAAAUUCUGCACACGUAAACCCGAAAUUUGCAUCGCGACACCUCAUGCAGUUUGCCGCAUGCAGUACACUGCUGUCCGAACAUCCUCACCGUGGUGAAGGUGCUUGCCGCCACGUGGCGUCGUCCGCGCGGCCGACUGCCUCCCGCCUGCGCCGCGUAUAA